AUGAGCUCAGCUCUAGAUCUUGAUGGCUCUUCCAAGGGCACCGUGCUCAACGGCCCUUGCGACUGGAAACAAUGGAUUUCUAUCAUCAAGAAAUUCGCCACGUCCCACAGUCUUUGGGACUUUCUGGACCCUGCCGUCAAGGAGGGUAAGCCGGUUCUUCAGCAGCCAGUUGAACCAACAUUCCGACAAAUCAACCACGAAGCAUCUGAUCUCGUGGAUCUGACCUCGGAGGAAUUUCGCCGUCUCGAAUUCCUCCACACCCAAUACCGCUCGAAGCUUCAAGGGUAUAGGGAUCAAGUGAAGGCACUCGCCAGCCUUCAACAACACAUCGUCAAGACCAUCGGCAACUACUACAGCACCAUUGCCGAGGAACACGACGUUGCAAAGCAACUUGCCUUGCUUCAGUCGCCAAACAGGACCAAGAUCGAAGCUUGGGUCACCCAAUGGCAGAAAGUCCUCACUGAGGCAAAGCAAUUAGGGCUUCCUGAUGUCCAGGACCUUCGCCCUACCCAAGAUUUCCUACAGGCUGUUUCGUCCAUCAACGCCCCAUUCACAGACUAUUGGGUCAACAAAAUGGAAGACGAGGCCGUAUUCGGCAAGCCUGAGUGGAAGACCGACUUCCCGGACGGCAUUAAGAUCAGUGAGAUCUUUGAACGAGCUCACCGAAUCAAGGCCGCCAACAACAGCAAAGGAUCAUUCGGAGCUGCCUUCCAAGGCAAGGGAGAGAAAUCGGAGAGGAAAGAGGACAAGCCUAAGUGGUCUUCAAAUUGCUUCUAUCUCAUCAAAUCAGCUCGGCCUGAUGGCUGGACUCCUGAUCAGAAGGUUGAGAAGAAGAUCAAGGAAAUCCUCGACUCCAAUCCAUGGGCAAAGAAGAUGACGGAGAAAGCACAAGACUUCAAGAAGAAGGAAAUGGAGAAAUCUUUCUCGACGGGAAAGGCAGUCUACCCGCUGUAUGACUCCUUUAUCCUUGAUUCCGGAUCAGACACACACAUUUGCAACAACCGAUCCCGUUUUCUUGACUACACCGCCCUUGCAGAGCCAAAAGAGCUCUUUGCAGGCGAUAGUCAACUUCAGAUCCUUGGCUACGGCACAGUCCGUAUGAAGCUUGAAGAAGGAGGACUUUUUCAGCUCAACGAAGUUGCCUUCGUGCCAAAAUUCCACACCAACAUCGCAUCCUCGACCGCUUUCUUGCGAAGGAUACAACUGGAAUCCACUAUCUGGACGCGUCUCUAA